AUGGCUUCUUCAAAUGGAACUAGCUCAGCAUCUGGUUCUCCUUGUGGAGCAUGCAAAUUCCUAAGAAGAAAAUGCGCACCUGAUUGCAUUUUUGCACCUUACUUCUGCUCAGAACAAGGCCCUGCAAGAUUUGCAGCCAUUCAUAAAGUUUUUGGUGCCAGCAAUGUUUCUAAGCUGCUUUUGCAUAUACCAGCUCAUGAACGUUGUGAAGCUGUUGUUACUAUCGCUUAUGAGGCUCAAGCUCGUAUUAGAGACCCUGUUUAUGGCUGUGUCUCUCACAUUUUUGCCUUACAACAACAGGUAGCAUGCUUGCAGACACAACUGAUUCAAGUGAAAUCUCAGCUGUCACAAAACCUAGAGAAUAGUAAUAAUAAUAAUCAAUGGACAGAGAAUAAUGAUCAUAAUGUUGUUGGCACACAACAGAUGAAUUAUCAUCCUUUUUGUCCAACUUACAUGAACCCUAUAUCUCCUCAAAGCUCACUUGAGUCUUCAAUUGAUCAUAGCGGAAGCAUGAAUGACGGAAUGAUGAACAUGCAAGAUGUACAAAGUAGUAGAGAGGAUUUCUCAUUUCAAGUUUGUAAUAGUUCUAAGAAAAGAAUGUCGUAUAACAAUAGUAAUAGUCAUGACUUGGGUGAGUUGCAAGAAUUGGCUCUUAGGAUGAUGAGAAACUAA